AUUAAACAUGGGGCGUCUUGGAGGAGGCGGGGACGCCGUGCUUCCCUGCCACUUCACCCUGUACCUUGCUCCCUCUCGAAUUCGCUGCAGCCAUGAAGCAAACGGAAGGUACGUGCCAGGGCUGCAGGGCUUCGUCCCGCAGAGACCCUUCCCCAUGUGUGUGUCUCCAGGCUCUGCUUCCUCAUGGAGCAAAAUGGCGUCAGAGCCACGGAAAGGAGCUGUGGGCACCCAGGAAAACGCCGAUGGGCUGGGGGGGGGGGGUUGGCAGGAAUCCCCUCUCCAAGGGUUUGGUGGUGUUGGAGGGUUUUUGGGGAGGUGUGCAGGGGAAGGCUUCUGUCUUCGUCUCCUGGGCCCUGGUUACCCUCCUCACCCCCACCCAAAAGCCCUGAGGGGCAGACCCUGCACACCGUGUGAACAGAUGAGCCCUGAGCACCCAGCUCUGCUCCCAGCUCGCUACCCUCUGCGCUGACCUCUCCUCUCCCUCUGCAGGGCUCGAGGGCGACAAAGCAUCCAUCAUAAAAUUUGAAUUUAACCCCAAAGAUGGGAUUGACAACCCUGCCUUGUCACUGGCUGAGGACAUUGGUAAAUAUGUGGGUUUCCCACAUCAGCGUGGGGUCAGUUCAGCCCCGGGCACCGCGGGGAGAUGGCGAGGCCGUGGGGGAGCCCCGCUUCUACAUGCUCAGCAAAGGCAGCACAGAGACCUUCGGCUUCUGCCUGCACGAGGAGCUGGGCUGCCAGGGCCACGUCAUCCGGCAGGUCGAGCUGGGGGGGCUGGCCCAGCGCCGGGGGCUGCAGGAUGGGGACCGGCUCCUCCAGGUCAACGGCCACUUCGUGGACCACAUGAAGCAUGACCGGGUGGUGCAGAAGAUCAAGGCCAGCGGGAACCAGGUCCUGCUGGCGGUGCUGGACGGCGACUCCUACGAAGCAGCCAAAGCGCUGGGCAGAGACCUGUCCCAAAUGCUGCCCGCCGACAUCCGCCCGCGCCUUUGCCACAUCACGCGGGACAAAAGCGGCUUUGGUUUCAGCGUGUCGGGUCCAGAAGGCGUCAAGGGCACGUUCCAGCUGUCGGUGCGGCAGGACGGACCGGCGGAGAGAGCUGGGGUGCCACCGGGCUCCUGGCUCCUGGAGCUGAAUGGGCACAGUGUCAGGAGCUGCUCGCACACCCAGCUCGCCCGAAAGCUCAAGCAGAGCGGCAGCAAUGUGACACUGCUGGUGGCAUCUGGCCCAGUGGAGGAGUUUUACCGCCUGCGGGGUCUGCAGGUGACAGCUGCCCUGGCGGACACCUCCUGGCUGCCCUUCAAGGCUCGGGAGCUGCACAUGGUGAAAGGUGCAGCUGGCUACGGGUUCUUGCUCAAGGAGGAUGACUACGGCUCAGGGGCCAUAGGCCAGUUCCUAUGGGACAUAGACGCGGGGUUGCCGGCCGAGCAGGCAGGGAUGAGGGAAGGGGACCGUCUCCUGGCUGUGAACGGUGAGAGCAUCGAGGGGCUGGACCACCAGGAGACCGUGCUGCGGAUCCGCACCCACAAGGAGCAGGUGACACUGCUGGUCAUCGACCCCGUCAGCGAUGCCUUCUACCGCUCGAUAGGGCUGUCCCCUCUGCUGUUCCUCGAUGAUGGUGACCCUGCCUCAGGCUCCUGCACGCCCUCCCUGCCCUCUCCCAGUGACUCCCCUGGGCUCUGUCACAUUGAUGUGAGACCAAAGGGACCUGGCUCCUGGCUGACGGCUGCUGCCAACAGCAUAACCAUCACACAGAGCCCACGCAGACAGGAGCAGAGGCAGCUGCGCCAUGCGUUCUAGCAGCCUGGAGCACCCUGCCUCCAGCCAGGAUCCCAUGCAGCACUACGGAUGUACCCAGUGAACAAAAUGCGGCUCAUUGUGGACAGCACUGCAUCUCUGCACCUGGGAUGGGGCUGCCAGCAUCGUGCCUCCCAGAGACUCAUCUCCACUGGCCGAGGUUGGCCUCAAGCUUUUAUUGAAUGUAGCAGUAACCUGAAGACGGACCCAUGCCUCCAGGGAUAUUUGGGGACACAAUGCUCAGCUCGGGGCUCUGGAUUGCUCCCAGGAGAGCCAAGGCACUGCCCUCCGCGCCAUGACCCAGGGGGCUGGACCUUGGGCCAAGUGGAAAAGGAGCAGCAGUGGUACAGGGUGCUGGAGGAACCCCCCAGCUCUCAGCUGGGCUCAGGUCUGCCCUGCAUGGACAUCUCCCUCGUGCUCCUCCUCUGCAAACUGCUGGGUGGGACCUGCACCCAUCAUGGCACUGUUUCCGCAUCACCGCUUUGGGGAGUGAUUAAAGGACAAAUCCAUGCUGCCGUUCA